CUUACACCUAUCAGUUCUAGCUGAUACUUGGACUAGUACUGCCACGUUUUCUGGUUGCUAAGCCUGUAAAAAAAAAAAAAAAAAGAGAUGUCAACCUGCAAGGAUCACAUCACCUUUUGGAAUGGAGAAAAAAUGCCAAUUGUUGGGCUUGGAACUUGGCUGUCUUCAAAAGAAGAAAUUCAAACAGCAGUGAACGCUGCUUUAGAAGCCGGUUAUCGUCACAUUGAUACCGCUUACCUGUAUUCAAAUGAGGACGCUAUUGGGGAGGUUUUGCAGCAAUGGAUCAAGUCGGGAAAGGUUAAACGAGAAGAACUUUUCAUCGUUACCAAAUUGCCAAUGAUUGGAAAUCGGUCUGAGAAUGUAGAAAGAUUUCUGAGAAAAUCACUGCAAAAUCUUCGACUAGACUACAUCGACCUGUAUCUAAUCCAUGCACCGAUUGGUCUCACCGCCAAACACGAUGAUGAUCUUUUCCCCAUGAAUGCUGACGGUUUUGUUGUGUUGGACAAUGAUACGGACUUAGUUGAUCUUUGGAAGGCAAUGGAAAAACAAGUAGAUGCUGGCUUAGCCAAAUCGAUUGGUCUCUCGAAUUUCAACGAGGAACAAAUUGAGAGAAUUGUCAAAACGGCUCGGAUAAAGCCUGCAAAUCUUCAGGUGGAAUUGCAUGCUGAGUUCCAACAAAAAUCACUCAGAGAUUUCUGCCACAAACACGGAAUAACAAUCGUCGCUUACGCUCCUUUAGGCUCACCGGGUCGGAAUGCUUUUUACACCAGCCUUGGCAUGGCCGUACCAGGCCUUCCCGACUUAAUCCAAAAUCCAGUGGUUGUCAAAAUAGCCGAAAAAUACAAGAAAUCCACCGCACAAGUUCUGCUGAGGUACCUGAUGCAGCUUGGUCUUGCCGUUAUUCCUAAAAGUGUCACACCUGCACGUAUCCAUGCCAACUUCCAGGUAUUUGACUUCGACCUCACAGCCACUGACAUGACAGAACUAGGAGAGCUAGACCAAGGAGAAAAAGGACGCACGUUUGAUCUUUCUACGACUCUCAAAGGGGCUGAGAAGCACCCUGAAAAUCCUUUUCGUGGUCACUAAAUAAAAGCUUAACUGUCCUACACAUUCUAUAAUUGGCAUAAAGUAUGAAACUUACCUUGAGUGUAGGCUACAAAUGUGCAAUUAGCAGGUUGUUUCAUAAAGAGAACUUUCAAAAUACACGUGUACACUUGGACAA